AUGGCCUUCGAUCCAGACGUGACGCCCGGCGCUCUGGACGCUUUCCACGUGUGGCUAACCAAGUCUGGAGUUAGACUCACAGACAACGCGGUCCUCGCCGGCAGAUCACCGCUGGCGGGGGAGAGGGGCUUGGUUGCCGCCAAGGCUAUCGAGACCGGCCAGUCGGUGUUGGCGAUCCCGCAGUCUCUUGGCCUGACCGCCACGGGGCUCAAGAGCUCGGGCAUCGCGCAGUAUGUGGAGGGAUUCGAGGGCUGGACCGGCGAGACGGGCCUGAUCGCCUUGCAGGUCUUGUGGGAGAGGGCUCAGGGGGAAGGAUCCAAGAUGGCACCAUGGAUCGCAGUCUUGCCCAAGGAGGGAGAGCUCGAGAUGCCGCUCUUCUGGGGCGAGGCUGAUCUUACGCUGGCCGACGCGUCUUCGACCAGGGGGAUAUCCGGCUUCGUCGCCGACGUAGACGAAGAUUUCGCUUGGCUCAGCGAGAACGCUUUCGCGAAGCACCCCAAGGUCUUCCCCGCCGACAAGUUCGGGCCAGGCGACUUCCGGUGGGCCGUUGGGGUGGCGCUGUCACGUUCCUUCUUCGUCGACGGAGAGCUCCGGCUUACCCCCCUCGUUGACUUUGCGAACCACUCGUCGUUGCGGGGAGUGUCAGAGCCGACAGGAGGAACAACGGGCCUUUUCGGGUCGAAGGCCGUGGUGCUGAGAGCGGGAAAGAACUACGAGGAGGGCGAAGAGUUUUUUGUCAGCUACGGCCCGAAAGGCGCAGCCGGUUACCUGGAAGAAAACGGGUUCGUGCCUCCCGUGUCUGGAUCCGAGGUGACGUGUGAGUUGGAGUUCAGCAUUCCGGAGGACGACAAGUUCUUCGACGAUAAGGAAGACAUCCUGGAGAGAGCCGGCUUGAGAACCUCUUCGACGUUUGAUCUGACGGCGGUGGGCUUACCCGACGCUGAGCUGGUUCGAUUCUUGCGACUGCUUUGCGUGAGCGGUGACGACGCGUUUCUCCUGGAGGGCAUCUUCCGCAACGAGGUGUGGGACUUCAUGAACGAGCCGGUCUCUCGGCCAAACGAGGAGGCCGUCAACGAGCUCCUAGCCACAAGGUGUGAAGAAGAACUCAAGGCUUUCUUCGGCACCGCCAAGGAGGAAGAGGGCAUAGUUAGCGGGAAGGCAGAAGCGAGCGAGCGACAGCGCCUCUGCGCGGGGGUACGCCAGGGGGAGCGGAUGGCGCUAGAGAUGACGAGAAGCUGGUGCGAAUCAGACAGCAAGGCUCUCGACCGCAAGGAGUACUACCAAGAGCGCCGUUUGAAGGAUCUCCAGCUGGAUCUCCCUUGGGAGGUCGACGAGAUUUAUCCUACGGAAAGGAGGCCGGGGGGAGGCGAGUUGGACUGGUGA